AUGCUGUAUCUGUUGGCCGGCCAACCGUCAACACAAGACAAUAACAAGAACAAAAACAGCUCCGGAAGAAAUGGGAUGAAUAUAAAUUCCUUCUGGGUGCGUCCUGGCCGAUGGAAAUUUGUCGGCAGGCACGACAAUUUAUCCAUCACACAGCAUAUACAUAUCUAUCUAUCUAUCUAUCUAUCUAUCUAUCUAUCUAUCUAUCUAUCUAUCUAUCUGUACGUUUCAUGUCCCAACGACACAAAGUCCAUGUCAUGCAGGACGGACAGUCAGGUAGACAUUGCUGAAGACCACAUAGGGGAGCGAUCCGUGCGCGGUAUGAGCCACUUUUAUAAAAAAAGCGGCUCAUACUGUUGUCAAGUCUCUCUGGCAGGUGACAUUAUUCGAGAUGCUGCUGCCAAGGAAGCGAAAUUCAUCAACAAAUUCUACCGGCCGACCGGCCGUCGAUGUUGA